AUGAAUGAAGGUCCCAGCGACCUCGAACUGCGCAGGCGGCAGUUCAAAGGCCAAAUGUCCACUGUCAACACCAGGAGGCAGCAGGCCGUGUGCGUCAGAAGGGCCUACAAAAGAUACGGCACCAAGAGCAACCCUUACGUCAUUCUGGACGGUUUGAACAUGACAGUGCCAAAAGGAUGUAUAUAUGGGCUGUUAGGUGCCAGUGGAUGUGGUAAAACCACGUUACUCAACUGUAUCGUUGGAAGAAAAAGACUGAAUUCUGGAGAGUUGUGGGUGCUUGGAGGCACCCCUGGGUCGAGUGGCAGUGGGGUACCGGGCCCCAGAGUAGGAUACAUGCCACAGGAAAUCGCCCUGUAUGGCGAGUUCACCAUCCGAGAGACUUUGAAAUACUUCGGCUGGAUCUCCGACAUGACCACAGCCGAGGUGGAGGCCAAAGUGGAUUUUUUCGUCAACUUCUUGAUGCUACCAGAUGCCGACAGACAAGUGAAAAACCUGAGCGGAGGGCAACAGCGCAGAGUAUCCUUGGCGGCCACGCUGCUGCACGAGCCCGAGCUGCUGAUCCUCGACGAGCCCACUGUCGGCGUGGAUCCACUGCUGAGGAACAACAUCUGGAAUCACCUGGUCGAGAUCACCAAGCACGGCAGAACGACUGUUAUCAUCACCACGCACUACAUCGACGAGACCAGGCAGGCUCAUCUGAUCGGCCUGAUGCGAGGUGGUUACUUUUUGGCCGAGGAGUCUCCCGAGCGACUCAUCCAGCAGUUCAAUGCCGACAGCCUCGAGGACGUCUUCCUCAAGCUGAGCGUCAUGCAGAACAUGAACAAGCGUCGCCGGUCGUCCAUCUUGCAGAGCGUCACGGAGACGAUUCGCGUGCCCGAGAUAGCGACCGGCGCCGUCAACGACGCCGUCGUGCUCGACGACGAGAUGGGCGUGGGGGAGAUAUCGGGAGAGUUCGGGGAUAACGUGUCGAUGACCAGCCGGACGAGCAGAAGAGUUUCCAUAGCCCCCGAACCCGCCCAUGAAAUUCACCAGCCAGAGCUGCCGCCCGAAGACAAACCGGAAGUCUUCUACAGAGAUUACCUCAAGAUCGUCAAACUCACGCACAUGCGCGCCCUCAUUUGGAAAAACUUUUUGUGGAUGUGGAGGAACAUCCCUAUCAUGAUGUUCAUAAUAGGGCUGCCCGUAGCACAAAUUAUACUAUUUAGUUUAUCGGUCGGGCACGAACCAGUUGGCAUUCACCUAUCCGUGGUCAACAAGGAAAUCGACUAUCCUGCUGAACAUUGCAAGCAACAACUAGGCUGUAAUAGUACGAGACUCAGCUGCAACUACUUGGAAUAUUUAGCCAACAAUUAUUCGGUGAAAUUGGAUUAUUGGGCUACCGAAGAUGAGGCCAGAAGGACAGUAGAAAAGGGCGACUCGUGGGCUGUAAUAGUACUCGCUCACAAUUUCUCUGAUGCCAUGAGAUCCAGGAUAGAAAAUGGCAGAGACGUACCGGAAGAGGACUUGCACAGUUCCACGAUAAACGUCUAUCAGGAUAAAUCCAAUGAAAAUAUCGCUACCUAUGUGGAAAGAGACCUGCUGUUCGGGUUCGUGAGCUUUUUGGGAUCAUAUUUGAGCUCUUGCGACAUAGACCCUGUUAUUGCUGGAUUGCCUUUGAGAUGGGAAGCGCCUAUUUAUGGAUUUGGAGAUCCGGAUUUCACAAAUUUUGCUGCUCCAGGAGUGACGUUGACCAUAAUAUUCUUCAUGGCCGUGGCGUUGACCUCGGGCGCCAUGAUAAUGGAGCGCAACGAGGGCAUCCUCGAGCGGUCUUUAGUCAACGGCAUCAGCGGCACCGAGCUGCUCUUCUCGCAGAUCAUCACGCAGUUCGUGGUGAUGCUGGGCCAGACGGUGAUGGUGAUCGUCGUCGCGUUCGUCUUCUUCGGGCUGACGCAGGAAGGCAGCUGGUGGCUGGUGUUCGCCAUCACGGUGUUGGCCGGCAUGUGCGGCAUGUGCUUCGGCUUCGUGGUGUCGUGCGCUUGCGACAACGAGCGCUCCGCCACCUACAUGGCCCUGGGCAGCUUCCUGCCCAUCGUGAUGCUGUGCGGCAUCAUCUGGCCCAUCGAGGCCAUGAACGACUACCUGAAGCUGGUGUCGACGGUGUUGCCGCUCACGCAGGCCACCGACAGCCUGCGCUGCGUGCUGGCCAGAGGCUGGGGCAUCGCCAAUCCCGUCGUGUACAACGGCUUCGUGGCGCUCACCGUCUGGAUACUGCUCUUUUUGACCAUCAGUAUACUGGUGAUCAAGUUCAAGAAGGGGUAG